UUAGUCCAAGCAACAAAUGCCCCUUAAAAAAUAACUACCUUAAGUUGCCAAUCACAAAGCCAUAUCAGCGGCAAUGAUUAACCAAACCUCAUCUCGAGAUAAGCAAACAAAGCGAUGAGUGCCCAUCCGGACCUUAGUCCGUAGCACGACUUCCCGCCAUCCCGAAACCAACCCCCUACAAGAAUUCCUAUAUAUUUACGAAAUUGCCCCUCAGAGGCCAUUAAUGGAGAGCACUAACUCCAUUCCCAGACCUCCAAAUUAGCAAAACAAAGUCUUGAACAAAUAAUAAAGAGGGAUUAAUUAAUUAAUUAAAUAAAAGCAUCAAAGUCUACUUCUGAAAACCAUGAAACCAUUCCUAUAUAAACCAUUCAUGGCACCUUGAUAGAGCACAAGCCAAAGAUCAUUCAAAUUCUUACUGGUUCUUCUUCUGGUGUUGGUAUGGCGAGCUUUCAGGUUUUUCUUCUGGCUCUGAUUGCUCUGGUUGCUUCAGAGCAAUGCCUUGUCGGUGCUAACUUCUAUAAUCAAACAUACUGCAACUGGGGUCCUCAAAACAUGGCGAUUUGGGGCAACGGUGAAAACCUUGCUCUUGUUCUCAAUAGAGUUUCAGGUUCAGGAAUUAUAACUACCACACAAUUCCUCUUUGGAAGCAUCCAAAUGCUGAUUAAGCUGGUACCAGGGAAUUCUGCCGGAACUGUCACCGCCUAUUACGUGUCCUCCACAGGAGACAGGCAUGAUGAGAUAGAUUUUGAGUUCUUAGGAAAUUCAAGUGGACAGCCCUAUACCAUUCACACAAAUGUGUAUGCUCAGGGUAUAGGAAACAGAGAAGAGCAAUUCCGACCAUGGUUCGACCCAACUGCUGAUUUCCACAACUACACUAUUCACUGGAAUCCUAGUCAUAUUGUCUGGUUUGUGGAUGGGUUGCCAAUCCGAGUAUUCAGGAACUAUGAAAACUUUGGAAUUCCAUUUCCAAACAAGCAACCAAUGAAAGCAUAUUCCAGCAUUUGGAAUGCCGACAAUUGGGCAACUAAAGGAGGAUUGGUAAAGAUAGACUGGAACAGAGCACCUUUUGUGGCUAGAUACCACUCAUUUAGACUUGGAACGUGCCAGUGGAGGGGACCAUAUAGCAUCUACCAAUGUGCUUCACGGACAGCAGCCAACUGGUGGACCUUUCAGGCUUACAGCAAAUUAAGUUAUGCUCAGAUAGGACAAAUGCAAUGGGUGAGGAAAAACUAUAUGAUUUAUGACUAUUGCAAGGACAUAAAAAGGUUCAAUGGCCUAUUACCUAGAGAGUGCCUACUGCCGCAAUUUUGAUAAAACCUGGUAUACCCCGUAUGAAUACUUGAAGCAUUAUUUCAUUUUAUUUUAUUUGUUUCCCCCAAGUAUAUGCUGAAGAAUAAAUUGUGUAACCAUUUUGCUUGAGAAAUUUGUUGAUUGUUCUUUCCUUGAAUUAAGUUUUUUGUAUUUGUUGCUGGCUAUAAAUUAAUAAAAAGAGUUCUAUUUGUGUUUACUUUGCGUUCUGGCUCUCCUGAAAAUACAAGACAUAAAAAAGCAGAGAAACAACUUUCUUUAUUGAUGUGUAAGAGAAGUUCCAUAAAAGCAUGUUCAAUGGUCUAAAGAUCUGUUUCAAUUGCAUAUCAUUCUCUACUCCUCUUAAGCAUUUAGGUGACAAAAUACAAUGCUCUGUAAAAUACCUAAACUAGUGCAAGAACAUUUACCAAGGAAUCAAGCAUUUAGUUCGUACGAGAUUCAUGCAAGAAAACUGAAAUUAAGCAAGAUGCAUACAUCAAAAAAAUAAAAUAAAAUUUUAAAAAAAUUGGUGAGUUAGAGAAUGUUUAAUCUUCCAGCAAUAACUUGAAAUAACACUAACAUGAGAAUGCCAACU